CUUUCCCACCUGUCGGCAACCCCCCUCUCCCAGUAUAUAAGGCGUCUCGACCCCUCCCAUGGCAUCACAACCCGUUCAUCUGUCCAGCCGCUGACUUCCUGUCCCUCAGAUUUCUUUCAGAGUGCAAGCAUCAUGCAGCUGAAGAAAUGGCUCCUUAUUGCCCUGGUGGCUGUGAUUGUGAAGGAGGCUUCACCCUUUAUUCUGUUGACUGCGGCAGCGGGAGCGGCUGCGGCAGCGGGUACGGCUGCGGUUGUAGCGGGGACAGCUGCGGCUGUAUCGGCGGCGGCUGCCGCAAAGGCCCUGACUUUCGGACUAGCAGCCACCGCACCUGUUCUUGAAGUAAUCGGCGGCACAGCUGUCCUCCUGGGCACAGCUGGACUUGUCGGUAAAGCCGCCGUCGGGAAAGCUGCGCUGAUAGGCGCUGCCGCAACACCAGUGGUCGUAGUGACAUCUGCGCCAUAUGGAACCAUCCAGAAAACUAUUUCCUACCGAAGAACCCGUGAAGCGCCGUCUGUAGUCGAGGACGACGUCUCAACCAACACUCUUAACAUCUUGUUCUCGGCGGCGGAGACUCUGGACAACAAGACCAACUGUGGUCUGCGUGUGGUGUGCGAACUGGCAGCCACUCCGGUCCAACAGCUGGCUCCUGACGAGGCUCUGCUCAUGUCCCUCUUCGGCGACCAUCCCGGCCUCGUCCCCGACCAGAUCAACAGUCCGGUCAUGCCCUUCCAACUGGCCGCCUUCCUGGGCAACCAGUCCGGGUCUACCGCCGCCUGCGCCAGCGCCUACCACAAGUGCCACUUCAACUCUACCCAAAUCAUGAACAUGAUUCGACAAAGCGAUCCUGACCAGGUCUAACUUGUACUUUAACUCUUAACACUACUUACCUCAUGUAUGCAUAAUAUUUGUAUCAUUAACACCCGGCUUAAAUUAUCAAGCAGUUUCAGGGAAAACGGUUAUCAAAACCCCCCAUUUAUAAGGAGAUUUAAUGAACUGUUUCCCUAUCAAAACUAAACAGUUUCCCCCCACAAACCCCAUGAUCAGCUAAGCUGCAGUGCAUAGCGAAGAUAUAGAACUGCCUGCACAAACAGCUUGAUGGAUCAUGCCCCCAGUUAGAGCUAGUCAGAGACCACUGUACAGGGAAAGCUGUCUGGUAUCUUGUAUGUGAACCAUUUAACAGGCCCCGGAAUAAAGGGUCAUGUCAUCACCGCACGUCGAUUACCAAAUACAUAUUAAUCAUA